UAGGGUUUAUUGCAAUUCCCGCAUAAGAAACCAGUUUUUGCUCGUUUGGCCUAAUAAGAUCCGGUAGUAUUGAAAUUAUUUGCAGUCUUCUUUCCAGGGAGAAUAAAAAAUGUUGGGGUUGAAGGGACAUCAGUAUUAUGCGACAUCUCUGGUGAAGGGGGUGGCUGGGAUGUUGAAGAAUUUGCAUGAAUUGCAAAAGGGGAAUGAACAUUAUUUGAUGAGAUUACAGACAAUGAAACUAUACACAUACCAUCAGACAGGAAAGUUCGCUAUGAUCACUCCCACUCGUGUUCCUGAAGGAACUCAUAAAUAUCCUUUAAUGCUUGGAUCAGUUUUGAAAUUCAAAGAGUCUCUGUAUGAAAGUUCCAAUUAUAGAACUUCAUUCAGGAUGAGACAAUCUUGGAAUUCAUGUAAAGUAGCUGGAUUUAGUACUCAGAGGUCAGAUACUAUUAAAGGGUCUCAGAAGUUAUCAGCAGGCCAAGCUGGCAGUAAUAAAUCACAAGCUACACUCCUAUAUCUUCUUGCACUGGUUGUGGCAAUGGUGGGUUCCACUUACGCUGCAGUUCCUCUGUAUCGGAAGUUUUGCCAAGCUACGGGAUAUGGUGGCACCAUUCAGAGGCGUGAGACUGUUGAGGAAAAAAUUGCGCGGCAUGUGGAAGGAGGCACCAAAACAUCACGGGAACUGGUGAUUCAAUUCAAUGCUGAUGUAGCUGAUGGUAUGCCAUGGAAGUUUAUACCUUCUCAGAGAGAGGUGAGGGUGAAACCUGGAGAGAGUGCUCUUGCCUUUUAUACUGCUGAGAAUUUUAGUCCAAAAGCCAUAACAGGAGUCUCAACAUACAAUAUCACUCCAAUGAAGGCUGCUGUUUACUUCAAUAAAAUUCAAUGCUUCUGUUUUGAAGAGCAGCGUCUACUUCCUGGCGAGAAGAUUGACAUGCCGGUUUUCUUUUAUGUUGACCCAGAGUUCGAGUCAGAUCCCAAAAUGAAUGGCAUAAAUAAUAUGAUCUUAUCAUAUACUUUCUUCAAAGUAGAAGAUGAGGAAGUGUAGAUCACAAUUUUAGAUGCAUGGAACUUGGUAUCAGCUACAAUAAGCAGCGGAGCAAACUUUCAAUGGUUGGUGAGGAAGGCUGGCCAGGGAUCAAUAAUUCCUGGUCUCUACCUAAUAUGUAUGCGAUGCAGACAAUUAUUUAUUUUCACGUCUGUUCGAAGUUGAGGCAGAAUAAGUUUUCUCAAGUUUUGUACAGAACAUACUAAAUUGAUUAUUGAUCAAUUUUAAAUAAGUCUUGGUUGCUGGUUCGUUGAAACAUCAAGGAAAACAUGAGACUUCAUUGAUUAUCUUAAUAUUUUUAGAAAUCUUCUCUCUAGGAGUUAAAACAUGUGAAUGGAGGCAUACGUAUUUUGUAGACAAUCUCGCGGCCACCUAUUCAUAAGAAAAUCAGAGGCUCAGUGCCUCUAUUUUUGUAUUAACCGAAGUGAAAUUGGAUAUGUGGAAUGCCAGUUCCUCAAGUUCUAUCUGGAUCGACCCUUGACAAUCAAUUUUAGACAUAGUACAUAUACAUUUUUAGAA